CGAGGGGCGGCGCCCUGACGGCUCUCUGCCUCCCCCUUCAGGCGUUCGAGGACAUCUACAUCGAGCAGAGGAAGGUGGUGAAGGUGGUGCUGGAGUACUCAGACAAGAUCUUCACCUACAUCUUCAUCCUGGAGAUGUUGCUCAAGUGGCUCGCGUACGGCUUCAAGAAAUACUUCACCAACUACUGGUGCUGGCUCGACUUCCUGAUCGUCGACGUCUCAUUGGUCAGUUUGGUGGCCAACACGUUGGGUUAUUCAGACUUUGCAGCCAUCAAGUCCCUGCGGACGCUCCGCGCCCUGCGGCCCCUCAGAGCCCUCUCCAGAUUUGAAGGCAUGAGGGUGGUGGUCAACGCUCUGAUCGGAGCGAUUCCCUCCAUCAUGAACGUGCUGCUGGUCUGCCUCAUCUUCUGGCUCAUCUUCAGCAUCAUGGGCGUGAACCUGUUCGCCGGCAAGUUCGGCCGCUGCGUCAACCGCACCGGUCACAUCUACGACGCCUCCUUCAUCAACAACAAGUCGGAGUGCGAGGCGCUCAACAACACCUCGCACUUCUACUGGAGCAAGGUCAAGGUCAACUUCGACAACGUGGGCGCCGGAUACCUGGCUCUGCUUCAAGUGGCGACGUUCAAAGGCUGGAUGGACAUCAUGUACGCAGCCGUGGAUUCCAGGGCC